AUGAGUCUCCUCCAAGCAGGUCUCGCUUUGGUGUCCUUGUCUGUACUCUUGUAUCUGGUAACCGCAAUCCAUUCGUGGUAUCGCCUUCGGCACAUACCAGGGCCUUUCUUUGGUCGGUUCUCAUAUUUGUAUCUGGCAUAUCUCCAACAAAGUGGUCGUCAGUACUACAUCUACCGUGAUGAGCUGACAAAGUUUGGACACUUGGUUCGCGUCGGCCCGAACGAGCUCACGACAGACGACCCCGAUGUCCUCCGCAGAUUAACCUCCGCCAGGGCCCAGUACACCCGAGAUGCCUGGUACACUGGUGGUCGUUGGAACCCAUAUACGUACAGUAUGUUCACAACGCUGGAUACCAGAGCUCACGAUGAUAUCAAGGCGAAGACUGCAAUCGGUUACGGUGACAAGAACUCGGCAUUGGAGCCGGGUGUUGAUGCUCAGAUCACAUCUUUCGUGGGAGUUGUCCGAAAUAAAUACCUCAACGGCGCAAAGCUCCUUGACUUUGGGACGCUGACAUCAUAUUUCACCAUGGAUGUUAUCACGAAAGCCGGGUUCGGUGAAGCGUUCGGGUAUCUUGAGAAAGAGGAAGAUCUAUUUGACUUCCUAGCCGGGGUCCGUGAUAAUUGGCAAUUCAUGGGUAUCACAUUAGACGUCCCUUGGCUUCGAGACAUACUCUAUUCGUCCGUUUUCCUCAAGCUGCUCGGUCCCAGGAUGACAGACGAAAAGGGUUUGGGCAAACUUAUGAAAGUAGGCCACGAUGUUAUAGAGAAGAGGAUGGCGAAGCCGAAGAGCGCGCGCGUAGACGACAUGCUGGGCUCCUUCUUAUCCCACGGUCUCACCCAGGAUCAGUGCGAGAACGAGGCUCUCUUCAUGAUCGUCGCUGGAUCUGAGACCACAGCUUCCGUCAUUCGCGUGACCGUUCUACACAUUCUGUCCGCACCUAUGGUGUACCACCGUCUCAAAAACGAAGUCAAGGAAGCAAUCAAAGACGGUAGAGUCUCUCAUCAACCUAUCAAAAUAGAAGAAGCGAAGCGUCUUCCCUAUCUGCAGGCGGUGAUAUAUGAAGGAAUGCGUAUGCGUUCACCUGCCCCAGGGUUGUACCCCAAGGUCGUACCAGCAGGAGGUGACACCCUUUGUGGCAAGUUUGUCCCUGAGGGAACGGCAAUUGGCAUGAAUACCUCAGCGAUGUUAGCAAGCACGAGACAUUUUGGGGAGGAUGCCAACCUGUUCCGUCCCGAAAGGUUUCUCGAGGUCGAUGACACGAAGAGGUCUGAGAUGCAGCGAAAUGUGGAGUUGAUCUUUGGAAACGGCCGUUGGAUGUGUGCAGGAAGGCCGGUAGCGUUUAUGGAGCUGAACAAAAUCUUCUUCGAGUUAUUCCGCAACUUUGACUUGCAACUAGCCCAUCCAAUGACGCCCUGGGACUCUGCUAGCUGGCCUGUCUGGGUCGACGAGAACAUGGAAUUGAAGGUCACGGAAUCUGCGUAG